AUGGCAGAAUCAUCACGGAGAAAGAAGAGUAAAGUAGCAAAGACGACAGAGAAGACAAGCAAGUCUAAGAUCAGAUACGUACGUGACAAAGACUCUGAUGAUGAUCUUCUUGAUUUAGGAAUGUUGGAUGUUGAACCAUAUAACUUCAAAUCAACAAGUAACUUGUGUGAUGACCCUUUUCUAAACAUUUUAUUUGAUGAUAAAAUGUUGAAGAAAAGUCAUUUUGAAGGGAACGAUGAAGCUGAUGUUGAAGAUAUCCACCAGGUAGAGUAUGAGCAUGAAGACGUUGAAGAAUAUGACCUGGAAGUGGGUGUCGAGUUUAGGGUGCACGAUCCUACCGUCAAGUGGAACAAAAUGAAGCCUACUGUUGGUGAGUUGUACGAGUCUCCUGCUCAGUUAAGGUAUCAUAGAGAAAAUGAAGGAGUAUGGAAAAGAAAUGAGGAGCUGGAAAGUGAUAGCAAGUGUGGGGGGUAUGUAUUUGAGACAAAGUAUGGGUAUGCAGCUUACAAAGUGGAUUUGGAACAACACUACUACACAUGUAGACUAUGGGAGAUAUCUGGAAUACCAUGUGUGCAUGGUCAAGCAGCAAUAAAUUACAUUCACCAGGAUCCAACUAAUUUUCUAAGCAAUUGGUUCAAUAAGGAGAAAUUUGUGCCUGCAUAUACCACAAAUAUAUCACCGGUUAAUGGAAGCAACAUGUGGGCACCCACUGACUAUAUAAAGCUAUUACCUCCACUGAUAAGCAGAAUGCCUAGUAGGCCAAAAACCAAUAGAAGAAGGCAUGUGUCUGAGGACAAUGAUUCCAAGUUCCCAACUGUUAGAGCUAGAGUUUGUAGGACUGUUAGGUGUAGCAGAUGUUUACAAUUGGGACAUAACUUGAAAUCUUGUAAGAAUGAGCAAGUGAUGAGGGAGUCUGUGCCACCUAAAAAGACAGGAAGGCCAAGGAGGGAUGGAAAUUUAAUAACAAACAGGGCUGCAGAGGGAACUGGAAUACCAAAUAGGGAGAGAGAGGGAACUACUUCUAAACAAAGGAAAGUUAAGCUUACAGUGAAAAGAAAGCUUACAGUUAAAAGAAGCAAGAAGGAAAAUAGGGAUGGAGAAGGAUCCUCAAAUCAAGCUACUGUUGAAGCAAGUACCCAGGCUCAAGCUACUGUUGAAGCAAGUACCCAGGCUCAAGCUACAGUUGAAGCAAGUACCCAGGCUGAAGAUGUCCAAGAAACUGGAGAUCUUGAAGCAACCGUUGAAGCAACUGAAGAUGUUCAAGAUGUUGUACAAGAGGAUGAUCAUUAUCAGAAAACCCAAGAUGAUGAAAUGUUUCAGGAAUGUGGUUAUGAUGUAUUGAAUUUGCAGGAAUGUGGUUAUGAACCUCAUGAGAUUGCACAGGCUUUGGAAAGGGUAAAUGUGAUGUCUGACCCUGUGUCACCAGUGGAAAUGGAUGUAGAUGCUAAUGAGAUUGAAGAUCACUUGGGAGCAGACUUAGAAUGGGAUGUGAACGAGAUUGAAGGUAACCUUAUGGAUGUGAUACCCCAUGUGAAUGAGAUUGAAGGUAACCCUAUGGAUGUGAUACCCCAUGUGAAUGAGAUUGAAGGUAACCUUGUUCCCCUUGUGGAUGUGAUACCUGAUGUUAAUGAGGUUGAAGGUGUAGAUGCUAAUGCUUGGGUCAGUGAAGAUGAUGAGGAAACUGAUGGGGAGAAUGAGUUCAUUGAAGAAACACAAGCUGUUAGGAGGCCUAGGAAAAAGAAGAUUUUUGAGAGAAUUGUGAAGAUGAAACUGAAGAAACCAGUUUAUGAUAAGGAUUGA